GGGCGUGUGGCGGCACAACGAGUCGAACGAACCGUACCAGAGCAGAGCGGCGCGUCUCGCGAGCGCCCGCGGCCGCCACGCCGCCGCCGUCCGCGGCCGACGGUGGUCGCGAAUCAACGCGCCGCGGUGCACCGCUGCGCCUGCUUCCUUGCGCGCCGCUGGACGUCGGCCGAGAAGACCGCUUCCCUCUGGGGACCCGACUCCGCGAUCUCUGUUCCCGGGCACGCCGGUCGCAGUGACAUGGGAUCCCAGGCUCAAAAGCGCUCAACAGCGAGCUGCUCCUCCUCCUGCCGCCGCUCCGCUCACCGAGACAACUCGGUGCCGCCGUUCUCGCCGCCGCCGCCGCCGCCGCCGCCUCCGCCGCCGCCGCCGCCGCCGCCUCCGCCUCGCGCCUUGCCUCCGUCACCGCCGCCCUCCAUCUCGCAGCGGCGCGUCCCUCUGAUGGCGCGGGCUCCUCGCUCGUUGGCGCCUCGCGCCCUCGCCGCCGCCCCCCCCUCUCGCCGCCGCUCCGCUCGUGGCCGCCCCAUCCCCUGUCAAUCCCGCCGCCUCCCCUGCCAAUCCCCCGCACCACCGCCGCCACCGCCUCGCGCGUUUAGCGGGCCUUUAAGCUUAGGAAUCCUAAAUAGUAAAAAAUAGGAGGACAGCAUAAAG